ACAUCAUCGUGGAGGACAACGCCUGAACACGAAUGAUUGUGGACAAUAUUUCUUCCUAGACAGAGAGCGAAAGAGAGAGAGAGAGAGAGAGAGAGAGAGAGCGGCCUGUAGCAGAGACGGCACCUCCUAAACCCUAUGACGACGAGGAAUUUACUUCUAUUCCUGGGGCUCACUGGGUUGAGCCUCCAGGAGCCAGACAUAUUGAAGGACUUUUGCAGACUCUUCGGACACCAGACCGCUGUGAUCGAUCGCAAGCUCUAUAUCGAUGGCGGCUUCGUGAACUAUAACCCUCUGAGUGAAUACCCCGACAAUGCCACCAAUACGGCCUUGCUCUACGCGGACUUCGAUGUCAACAAUCAAGGGAUGCCGGCGGUAUAUAACAACCUGACAAAACCUGCCGACGCGCCUGAUGUGAAUGGAGGAAUUCUGUGGCCCGACACCGUCAACAAGAUGAUCUAUCUCUACGGUGGCCAGUAUGACCAGGGCACCCCCGGCAACUUCUCGCUAUGGUCAUACGAUGCGCUCUACAACACGUGGCAAACGGUCAACGCCGACACUACACAGAGGAAUAUCCAAAGGGCAAGCUACGGUGCGGGAGUAACGAUACAAGAUCGAGCGGUUGCCUUCUACUAUGGUGGAUGGUUAUCCAAUGGCUCGGUGUCGAAUUGGGGGUCGAAGUCUCCCAAAGCUUUGUCGACCAUGCUUCAAUACGACAUGCUGCAGAAUACGUGGACGAAUUCAUCGGGUCCGGAUACGAUCGGCCGCGCGGAAGGGUCCAUGGUGUACAUUCCAGCAAGUGACGGCAUGCUGGUGUACAUGGGAGGCGUGCAGUCCGCAAAUAAUGGCACUACCCGCGGCCAGCCGAUGGAUGAGAUCUUACUAUAUGACAUCUCAGGUAGUAGGUGGUACACGCAAAAGGCGACCGGCGACGUCCCCGAACAACGGAGAAGAUUCUGUGCCGGUGCCACUUGGGCGGAAGAUUACUCGUCGUAUAAUAUCUACCUCUACGGUGGCGCCGGUGCUCCCGAGGGCCUUGGCUAUGAUGAUGUUUAUGUUUUGACCUUACCGUCCUUUAAAUGGAUCAAAUGGUAUCCCACAGAUGGUAGUGAAAGCGGUUAUCCCAAGAAUGCCAUGUCCUGCACGGUUGUAGAUGGCGCCCAGAUGCUCGUGAUGGGCGGCAACAAGCCAAAUGACACAGACUGUGAUGCCUACCCGAUAUACGGACUCCAUAAUAUGUACCUGGGAAAGCAAAAUCCCGAAAAUGCCGUGUGGGCAAUGUUCAGACCAAACGUCACGAGCUACGAGGUUCCGUCCGAGAUUAUCUCCGCUGUUGGAGGAUCGGCCACAGGGGGCGCCACGACCACCGAGCCCGCGGACGGCUUUGACAACCGUGACCUGUCGGUUUUCUUUACGCGCACAUAUACCGCGGCGACCCGCGCACCCACUCGUCCGAUCCCAACUCCAUCGAGUGGUUCCAAGUCUAAGCCUGUUGGGGCGAUUGUGGGUGGUGUCAUCGGCGGCGUCGCGGGGGUAUCGAUCCUGGCUGCGAUUCUGUUCUUUUACCUCCGGUCACGGAAGAAGAAGAAGGCCGAACUAGUACCGACCGAAGAGGAACAACCACCACAAGACGUGAAACAUCCGGGAGCCGAUGGACAAGAUGACCCGAGGCGCAGUGAGCUCGCUGCAGGAUACGCCGGGCAACAGGAAUCCAUGAGAAGCGAGUUGCCUGCGGAAGCCGUUGUCGGGCAACGACAAUCGACAAGAAGCGAACUGGGCAGCGCAGCCCUCGUCGAGUUAGAGGGAGAUGUCGUGCCCUACUCACCCACCACCUCGCCGCCGGGCUCUCCUCCACCACCAUCCCACCCCAUCUCCCCGACUUCUCCCCACCGCGGAUCGGCUCCAUCAUCAUGAUGGAGGCCUUGACAACCACUGAAAUAGUACUCCCAACGAUAGCCUCGAAGGGAUACGUACGCAAAGUAGCAAUACUUGCUCCCAGGCCUGAGGAACAUCCGAGGUUUUGCCCGGCCCGUACCCUGGUGAAUGUUUGAAUGUUUAUAGAUGACCCAACAGUUUUAUAUACUCUGGGACUGGGGCUCAAGCUCUUGUCUAAGAGGACUAGCUUCAAGUUCCAGAGUCUUGUUCUAUAUACUAAUUUGCAGUAAUUAUUAUACCAUUCU